GUCUAUUUGGCUGGAAAAAAAUGGAGGGAAAAAGUUUUGGCUUUUCCAGAGACGAUCUGGACCGCUUCAUCCAGAGCCGAGACUCCUCCGUGGUCAACAGGUUCCAGCAGAAGUACUGGAAAACCAAACAGACGCUCCUCAAGGUCACCGGGAAGAAAGAGGACGAGCACGUGGUGGCGUCUGACGCAGACCUGGACGCCAAGCUGGAGGUCUUCCACUCCAUCCAGAGAACAAGCUUGGAGCUUCUAAAGGUCAUCGAGCUGUACCAGAGACGGAUCUGCUUCCUUUCUCAGGAGGAGAACGAGCUGGGUCGGUUCCUGCGAUCCCAGGGCUCGCAGGAUAAAACCAGAGCUGGAAAGAUCAUGCAGGCGACGGGGAAAGCUCUCUGCUUCUCCUCCCAGCAGAGGCUGGCUCUCAGGAAGCCUCUGUGCCGUUUGUACCAGGAGAUCGAGACGUUUCGGUACCGGGCCAUCUCCGACACGUGGCUGACGGUGAACCGCAUGGAGCAGUCCAGGACAGAGUACCGCAGCGCCUUGCUCUGGAUGAAGGACGUCUCCCAGGAGCUCGAUCCGGAUACUCUCAAACAGAUGGAGAGGUUCCGCAAGGUUCAGGCUCAGGUGCGCUCCACCAAAACCAGCUUCGACAAGCUGAAGACCGACGUCUGUCAGAAGGUGGACCUGCUGGGCGCCAGUCGCUGCAACCUCCUCUCACAGGUCCUGACCACGUACCAGACGACACUUCUGCACUUCUGGGAGAAGACGUCCCACACCAUGGCUGCCAUCUACGAGAACUUUAAGGGCUGUCAGCACUACGAGGUGUCCACGCUGAAGAUGUUACACGACCCCGCCGACAAACUGAAGGAGAAGAAAACUAAAGAAGCAGAAGAAAAGAGAGACGAGGCAGCUGCAGAUCAACUCGUCUCAUUAGGAGCCGAAAACAUCAACGAUAAAACCAGAGAAGAACCAGAGGGAGGAGAGGAGCGGGACAGCCUGUCUCUGCUCAACGAGAUCCUGGGGGACCUGAUGGUGGACGAGGGGGACCCGUCCCCAGACUGGACCGGAUCGAGAGAAGCCCAGCUGAAGGAGGAGUCCUUCUUCCUGCCCUCGCAGCUGCUGGACCAGAGUCUGAGGAAGUCCAGCUCAGAUCAGAUCACCAGAGCAGCAGAACCCUCACCUGGACCUGAGCAGAACCCUCAAACCGCAGCCCUGAAAGGAAGCGGAGCGUCCAAAGACCGGUCUGCGUGGUUCCACCUGUUCGCAGACCUGGACCCUCUCUCCAAUCCGGACCUGAUCGGCAGAACCGGCAGAGAGCAUGAGCUGAACGCGGCGUAACUCUUCCUCAGCGGGGGGAUUCCUUUCCAGCCCCACCCCAGUGACGAUCCGCACACCUGAGACCGAACCUCCGGGCUUUUCAAAAUAAAAUGUCAGAAAUUAAUUUAAAGCAGCCGAGCUAAAAUUAGAUAUCAGCCAUAAAUUUUGGACAAACAUCAAUCAUUAAACCAUUAAAUUUACUAAACAUAAUCCCUCACAGGUGAAAGUCUGUUAGCAAAAUACCUCAUGAACCAAGAAACUAAUGAACCUCASCGGUCGUCCCUUUGCAUCCAAACAAAAACAAACAAAAAUAAAAUAAUCAGAAGCAGAUUMUGCCUUUUGAUCAGUUUAAACUCAAAGCAGCUCAACAGACUGUUUUUAAUUCAUUCAGCAGCUGUUUGUUCUUUUUAAAAUGUUUGCAUGUUUAAAGGUUUAAUCACACAAACAUUGUUGCAUGUUUCACAUCACGCAGAAUUAAAAAACCAAAGUAAGAUUUUAUUUAUUUCUCAGUAAACGGCCCUCCUGGGCAUCAUAUGCAGUUUCACAGUUUAGAGGUAAUAAAACUGACGUUUGAUCAAUUAGACAAUUAUUUACUGAUUUUGAUCAAAAUGCUGCAUUAAAUAAAUAAAUAAAACAGCAAAAAUGCCUUAAAAUAAUCACAUAUCUGCAUUAUUUUACAUUUAAAAUAUAAAACUGAGCACUAACCUUAGUUUUAACUAACCUUUUAUUGAGCAGUUUGUUUUAUUUCAGUCACAUUAAAUAAACAAAUGGCCUUACCUUUACUAAAACCUGCUGGUUAUGUCUGUCUUUGCCCUUUAAUAAUAAAAAAAUAAAGUACAUAUCAACCCAA